CGUUCCGGGCCGGCCUGGCCUGGCGGUGGCCGAAUGGAGACCGACACUGAGGACCAGCGAUCCGCCAGGCACCUGACGCUGGCCUCUUCCUGGGAUGCCGCGUGCGGGGCCCUGGACCGGAGCCUCCGUGUCCGCGGAGCCCAGGACUCGGACUGGGAUGAGCUGCUGGCGCCGCCUGCCCCGGGCCGCGACCUGGUGAUUCUGAAAAGGAGCCAGAAGAGCCCAGAUGAAAAGCCCUGCUUCCUCUCCCUGCGCUGUGACCCCAGUGGAGGUGAAGGAGUCGUUUCUGUUGGCAUUUUAAGUUCAGCAAGAAAUAUGGAAGUGUACUUAGGAGAGGAGUACUGUGGCACCAGUAGGGGCAGGAGUGUUGGUAAUGUGCUGGAUACCAGUGAACAUGAAAAGAUUAUUUUGUACAAAAAAUGUCUAAAAUUGGAGUCCGCUGCACGUGCUUGUAAAAUAAAGUUGCUCUCCUUUGGUGAAAAGCCGUGUGUGUUCGUCAGUAAAGUUGUGGUGCACGUGCAACCCGUCCCAGCAAAGUCUCCCACAAGCUCUCCUGCUCUGGGGUCCAGGGUGGACCUCGAGAGGGUCCACGCCAUGGUGGAGGCCAUGGGGUCCACGCUGUCCCCUGGAGCUCAGCAGCUGAUGAGUAUGGUCAGAUUCCAGCAGCAGCGCUGCAUUCCCCUGGGGGAGCAGCUGCAGGCGGUUCUGGGGAGCGCUGCCUCCAGGCGGAUGCUGGGCCUGUGGGCCUCGGCGCCCUCGGGAACCUGCGACAGGCCGACCUGCGCACCUGUGCCUCUCAGAGCCGGGCUGACUCCGGGACGCGGGACAGAAGACGUGACAGCUCCUGGGGAGGAGGACGCACGGCCCCCCGGGGGAGGGAACCCCGCACCCCUCGGAGAGUGGGACACUGCACCCCAGAGCCAUCCUCUUCCCGGGAGGGACCUUCAGCUCGCAGCGGCGUCUUCCUUACCAAAGAGGCCGAGCGACAGGCCUGCGGCCCCUGCCCCCGAGCUGCUGCCCCUCCUCCAGGACGUGUGCGGGCAGGUGCGCCGGCUCCGUGGGGCUCAGAGCGCCGCGUGGCCGGGACACGUCCCCACGCCCAGCGAAGGCGGCCUUGGUGGUGGGAUGGGAGAGCCGCCCGCCUGCUCCUACUUGGAAAAGAUUCUGUGUAAGAACCUGGAGCUGAUGGAGAGGAGGCUGACGGACUACCUGGACGAGCGGCUGCGCGCCCUGCAGGAGCACGUGGAUGGCAAGGUGGCGCUGCUGGCGCACCUGCUGCAGAGCCCCGGCUCCCCGCCCCCGGGGCUGCCGCUCACACGCUGUGACUCUGGGGACAGACUCUCCAACGGAGAGAGAUAGGCGCUCCCGUGCGCCGUGCAUGCAGAUAUUUAUUACCUAUUUAUUACAACGCGACCCAAAGCUCCCAGCCAGUGUCGAUGUCAUUGGAGGAUCAGCAUCCUACUUGCAUCAAGUGACCUCAGCGUUCAUUCCCUGUGCUGUUUCGUGACCCCCGGGCUGCAUGAGAGUGGAUGAUCUUCCCUGAGCUUGUCACGUGACCUCGUGCCACACCUGAGAGUGGAUGACCUUCCUUGUGCUGUGACGUAAACCCCGUGUCUGAGUGUGAGCGUGAUCGGGUCCGGAGUUAUUUUCGUUUGCAGAGUUGAUCACUCUUACCGAGAUUUGUGUCCCUUGAUGUUGUUUUAAGUGUUUAAAAUUUUUAAGGCUGUCCCACGCAGUGUGUUUGAUAGAAGUGUAUUUUUUAUCUAUGAAAGACUUAUUUCCUCAUCUUAGGAGGGAGAGUAAUAGUGCACUGAGGAUUUGAUCGUUGUUUUUCUCUUUGGUUAUCUGUAAGUCGGAACCUCUGUGCUCACGGACUUGCACUGGCGCUGCUCCCUGAGAACAGGCGCAGGUCGGCCCUCUGUGCCGCCGGGGGCAGUGACGGGAGGAAGGUCCGCGCCCCCUCCAUGGAGGUUCGUUGCUGUAGAUUUGUGUUGGACAAGACGCGGGAGUGGUUACCUUGUUUUAUCUCCAUCCACCGGAAAGCACGGGACCCCUUGCUGUGCUGAUGCCCGUCCCCCGCGCCUGUGCUGGGUGUGAGCGCCGGGCGCGCCCUGAGGGCGGCGUGGGCGAGGAGAUGGCCGUCCUCACUGCUGGCUUCGUCGUCAGGAAGUGUAACGAUUGCAUGUGCUGAAGGGGAUGUAUUUGCAUCUAAAAAUAAACGCGUCCGUUUUGGAAACCA